CUUCGCCAACACAUAGUUGCAACCAAUUGUUUUGAUGGUCUGGGGUCAGUCUGUACCCACUGACGGACACAAGCCUUGUGGGUCUAACAGAUCACAGGAAGAAACAUGAGCACAGCCAAGCCCAGUGGGAUCAAAGGGCCCAGCAAGAUAGCUAGGCCACCUGGGACAGGAGCCCCCAAAACCAACCCCAGCACAGCAGGAGCAAAAGUUGCUGGGGCCGACAAAUCAGCUGCAAGUGCCAGUGGAGGAGAUGCCCAAAAUUCUGAAGAGAGCUUCCAGAUUGGGGAACGGGUCUGGGUGAAUGGGAAUAAGCCAGGCUACAUUCAGUUUUUGGGAGAGACACAGUUUGCCCCAGGACAGUGGGCAGGGAUUGUUCUAGAUGAGCCAAUUGGGAAGAAUGAUGGGUCAGUGGCAGGGGUGCGCUACUUCCAGUGUGAAGCCCUGCGAGGUAUAUUUACACGACCAUCCAAGUUGUCUCGCACAGAGGGGGAGGCUAAUGGAACUCAGACGGCACCGCCCUCCCGAGCUGCAUCACCCACUCCUUCAGUUGGUAGCGUAGCCUCGCAUACACCUGCCACAAAAUCAACUCUACCCUCAACUACCACAGCAGGCAAGAAGGCCUCCACCACUACACCAACUACACCAGCUACACCAUCUUCCAACCUUGCACGCACCAACAGCGAAUCUAUCUCCAACCUCUCAGAGACCGGAUCAGUCAAGAAAGGGGAAAGGGAACUGAAGAUGGGUGACCGUGUAUUGGUUGGUGGUACAAAGGCAGGAGUCGUACGUUUCCUUGGAGAAACAGAUUUUGCCAAAGGCGAGUGGUGUGGUGUGGAAUUGGAUGAGCCUUUAGGAAAGAAUGACGGGGCAGUGGCAGGCACAAGAUAUUUUCAGUGCCAGCCCAAAUAUGGCUUAUUUGCUCCAGUGCAUAAAGUCACACGCAUUGGCUUCCCUUCCACCACGCCAGCCAAAGCAAAAACAACAGUUCGGAAAGUAGUGGCCACACCAUCUGGGCUGAAGAGAAGCCCUAGUGCCUCUUCCAUCAGUACCAUGAGCUCUGUGGCAUCCUCUGUCAGCGCCAAGCCCAGCCGCACAGGCCUGCUAACAGAGACAUCAUCACGGUAUAAUCGAAAGAUCUCAGGCACUACAGCCCUGCAGGAGGCGCUGAAGGAGAAGCAGCAGCAUAUUGAGCAGUUAAUGGCUGAGAGGGACAUGGAGAAAGCUGAGGUUGCCAAGGCCACUAGCCAUGUUGGAGAGAUGGAGCAAGAAAUUAGUCUGCUCAGGGAUGAUCAGGAGCAGAUGGAAGCUAAGAUGGAUCAGUUACGUGCCUUGGUUGAAGCUGCAGACAAAGACAAAGUGGAACUGCUGAAUCAGCUGGAGGAGGAACGUAGGAAGGUGGAGGAUCUUCAGUUCCGUGUAGAGGAAGCUUGCAUUACCAAAGGAGACUUGGAGACGCAGACCAGACUGGAGCAUGCCCACAUUAAGGAGCUUGAACAGAGCCUGCUCUUUGAAAAGACCAAAGCUGAGAAACUCCAAAGAGAGUUAGAAGACACUAGGGUUGCUACUGUGUCGGAAAGGUCCCGUAUAAUGGAGCUUGAAAAGGACCUUACAAUGCGUACAAGAGAGGUAGCUGACCUGCAGCUGCGUCUUGGGACCCAGGAAGGCUCAGCGGACUCUGACGCUACUCUUUCUCCUCUUCUGGAAGAGAUAAAUUCUCUUAGGGAUCAGUUGACUUCCCAAGAAGCUAAGCAGCAAGAAGAGCUGGCAAAAUACAAGGAGAAGCUAGAAGCUAAAGAAAAGACUCACAGUGAGGCAGUUGCCCAGCUUCAGGCUACAUCUGUGAGGAUCUCUGGUGACAACGAGCAGUUGCAGAUGCGUUUAAGUCAAGCUGAGAAGGAGAAAGCGGACAUUACUGAACUGUGGCGUUCUAAGUUGGAAUCUGCCAUUGCCUCUCACCAGCAAGCAAUGGAGGAGCUAAAGGUGUCCUUCAGCAAAGGUGCUGGUGCCCAGACAGAAGAGCUUGUAGAGACCAAAAGUGCACUAGAGAGACUGAAGGUAGAGCACAAGUUGGCUCUAGAGGAGGCUGGAGCCAAACAUGAUGCUGACACCACAGCUUGGACUCGGGAGAUGCAGGCCCUGAAGGCACAACUCUUGUCUUUGACUGAAGAAAAGGAGCGACUGGAGGAGUCGCUGCGGUCCAGCGUUGAAAAAGCAGAGGAACAGCACCUUGUAGAGAUGGAAGAUGUUCUUGGAAAGCUUCAUACUGCUGAACUUAGGGUAAAGGAGCUUGAGGAGAAAGAAGCAAUGUUGGCACAACAGACCCAAGACAAGGACAGAGAAACCAAAGAGCAGAUGGCAGAGAUGGUGGCUCUGCGCAGCCAAGUAGCACAAAGUAACCAGGAGGUUGUGACCUUGAAGAGUCAGUUAGAGGAUAUUCAGAACCAAGGAAACAAUCAAGGUGCUAAGGUUAGUGAAUUGAGCUCUCAGUUGGAGGGCCAAAAGAAGGAAGUCCUUUCUUUACAGCAGACCCUGACCACUGUAAAGCAGGAGAAGGACACCAUGGAACAGGAACUUGGAGGCUUGAAACAAAAGUUGGCUGAAAGCACAGAGGAACAGACAAAAUCAGCAAAAACUAUGCAAGAAACACUUGUGAAGCUCAGCAAGAAGGAAGAGAAGUGCACAUCCCUGACCACAGAAUCAGAAUCUCUAAGAAGUCAACUUGCUGGGCUUGAGAGGAAGCUGAAGACUGCAGAUGAAAAGCUUGAGCAGUUUUCAAAGGAUAAAAACAAGCUCGAAAAUGAUAUUUCAGACAUGAUGAAGGCAUCUGGUGACAGUUCAGUACAGCUGACCAAAAUGAAUGAAGACCUCAUACAGAAAGAAAGGAGGCUUGAGGAGCUACAGAGUCAAGUUGCAGAGGAGAAGGAGAAGGUGGCACACUUUAAUGAACAACUCCAGCAGGAACAGUCCCGCAAAGAGCAGGAGCUGAAAGAGACCAGAGAUGCACAUCAGUCUCAAUUAAGAAGCCUUCAGGAAAAGAUUACUACCUUGGAGAAGGCUGUUAAACAAGGUGAGAGCCUGGUUGAGGAGCUGAAGGCCUCUCAAGAGAAAUCCCUGUGUCAGGCCUCAGAGCUCCAUGUGAAGGAACUUGAGGUGCUGCAGAGUCAGGUUGACAAGUUAAACCAGGAGCUCUCCUCCUCCAAGGACAAAACCCAGGAGCUGGAGAAGUCGGUGUCUGAGCUACAGCCAUACAAGGAACAGGCUCAGGCUAUAGAAGCCUCUGGAAAAACUGUUGAUGCUCUCAAACAGCUGACAGAAGAGAAAGCUAGUUUGAUUCAGGAGAAGAACAAAGCCCAAUCUUUGUUGGAAGAGCUCUGGAGCUCCAAGCUGGAGAUAGAGACCCAGCUAAAAACAUUGAAGAAAGAGAAUUCCAAGUACCAAGAAGAUCUGAAUGUAUCCAAAGAUCAGCUUUGCACAGAAACUCAGAGGACCAAGAGUCUGUGCAAGGAAAUUGAGGAGCUUAAAGAAGCAGUUUCUGUGAAGUCGCAGUCCCUACAGAUACUCCAAGAUGAAAACAGCAAGCUGACUCAGGAUCUUGAUAACAAUCACAAAGACCAGAGUGAUCUUGUGAAGCUUGAAGAUGACUACUCAAAACUCAAAAAGCAGUUGGAAGAGUUGAAGCAAAGCCUGCCAAAUAAUGCCUUCAGUGAGAGCACCUUGAAAGGACAGUUGGACAAGGAGAAGGCCGCCCUCCAACAGUCCAUCCAUAAAAACAGUGCCUUAAUCUCAGAAAAGGACCAGCAGGUGGAAAAGCUCGGGAGCGAGCUGGCUGCACUGCGUGGGGAAAGUGCCUCAGUUAAGACACUCCAGGGUACAAUUCAGGCCUUGGAACAGGACAAGGCUACUCUACAGGAGCGUGUCAGGAGACUGGAGAAGGACCUGGCUGCAGGGCCUGAAACCAUCAACAAGUCCUCAGGUGAUGCAGUUUUGGACCAACUAAGGGAGGAUAAAGAAACUGCAGAGAGUCAGGCAGCGAUUGAGUUUCUGAAUUCCGUCAUCGUUGACCUCCAGAGGAAGAAUGAGGAACUCAAGGACAAACUUGAGAAAAUGGCAGCUGCUGCUCUAAAUGGGAAUAAUCCAAGUGAGCUGGAUAACUAUGAUAGCCAUGGACAGGAACCCGCCAAGAAGAAGCCUCCCCCAAGGCUGUUCUGUGACAUCUGCGACUGCUUCGACCUCCAUGACACUGAGGACUGUCCCACACAAAUGCAGAUGCCCGACUCACCUCCACACACUACCUACCAUGGCAAUAAGGGCGAAGAACGGCCCUACUGUGACAUCUGUGAGGUCUUUGGCCACUGGACCGAAUCCUGUAACGAUGACCAGACCUUUUAAAGCCUUUUUAACCCUCGUCCGCACAAUCAUUAUAUUUGCACAUCAUGUGAGAUAAAGCAGUGCUUUUGGGGUUUUAGUUUGUGUGUGUGCAUUUUGUGUGCUUGUUUUUGCCAAGCGUCUUUAUUGUCCACACCAGCCCUUAAGCGCUCUUAAAGGAGAACAGACUCCUCAGAAUCUCAUCCAGAAAAUUAAUAUUCAGCAGUUAACAGUUUGUAUUUGUAAUUGUAAAUGACUUUGGAGGAGAAAGGAUAAAUAUCCUUGGUUUGUUUGAGUGAGGGGAUACUGUAGGUGGACAUAUUAUUGUGGGAGAAGUGAUGUACUUCUUCAGAUCAUUUAAUUUAUCAAUAUCCUAACAUUGCACAGCUUGUCGGGGGUUACAAAGAUAAUAUAGUAUCAUAAAAGGUCUUUAUUUGAAACUGUAAAUUACUUGAUUGAAAAACAAUUGUCAAUUUGCGCAGAAAUUGGUGAGCUAUAGUUUAUUUUUUUAUGCCUGGAAAUACUAUGUACUCUUUAAAGGUUUGAUAGUAUGUGUGUAAUUUUGUGAAGGGGUGGGGAUUUGCUCGCUCUUGCCUGGAGUGAAGCAGUGAAACCCAGUGCUGUUUUUUGGCUUUAAUAGGAACUUUUUUAUGGUCUUCAUUAAGGGACUACUGGACAAUUGGUAAGAAAGAAGCAGUUAAACUUAAAGCCCUCAGUUCCAGUGAAGUGGCCUUUCCAAAAAGUUUCUUCACAAUUAAAAGAUCAUUUCUGUAUGAAACAAUAUAAAACUUAGGCAUUUCUUUAAAAAUGUUUUGAAUAUCUG